GCAUCGAACGCGCUCACCAUAUUAACACUUCUAUGAAUUACUAGACUAUAAGUGGAAUUGUCAAUUUCUUUGCAUUACCAGAAAAAUGGCGACAUUCUACCCAGAUUUUUUAAACAUGGCUCCGCCUCCUAAUUACAUAGCAGGACUGGGACGCGGUGCCACAGGCUUCACAACACGCUCAGAUUUGGGUCCUGCUCAGGAAUUGCCUUCACAGGAUGCGGUAAAAACGGCUAUUGAAAAACGGAAAGCUGGUGAAGAGGAUGAAGAAGACGAUAUUGAUCCCAGAUAUCAAGACCCGGAAAAUGAAGUAGCACUUUUUGCAACAGCUCCAUAUGGCGCUGAAGACGAAGAAGCCGACCGUAUUUAUCAAACUGUGGAAGAUAAUUUAAGCAAAAGAAGGAAAACUCAGCGAGAGCGUCAAGAGCAAUUACAACGCGAACGAAUUGAAAAAGAGAAUCCAAAAAUAUCUUCCCAAUUCGCAGAUUUAAAGCGUGGAUUAUCCACUUUGACGGAUGAAGAUUGGUUGAACAUACCAGAACCUGGUGAUUUAACUCGUAAGAAAAGGCCUAAACAACCACGACGCGAAAGGUUCUAUGCUACAAGUGAUUUCGUUCUAGCCGGUGCACGUAACGAAGGUCAAUUAGAGUCUUCAGUAGCUGUGGACGGUGCUUCCGGUAUAGAAAGCACAACAGAAAAUGAUUCUAAAACUAACUUUGUUGAAAUUGGUGCUGCUCGCGAUAAAGUACUAGGUAUUAAACUUGCACAAGCUUCCACAAAUUUAACAUCUCCUUCUACCGUUGAUCCAAAGGGAUAUUUAACGAGCUUAAAUAGUAUGAUACCAAGAAACAACACAGAUCUGGGUGACGUGAAGAAGGCUCGCAAACUGCUUCAGAGUGUAAUUGAAACGAAUCCCAAACACGCUUCUGGUUGGGUAGCUGCAGCCCGUUUGGAAGAAGUUGCUAAUAAGAAUAGCCAGGCUCGCAUCCUUAUAUUGAAAGGUUGUGAUAAUUGUCCGCGUUCAGAAGAUGUUUGGAUGGAAGCUAUACGUUUGCAUCCUGUUGAUGAAGCAAAAGUAAUUAUAGCUGAUGCAGUCCGGAAUCUUCCUCAUUCUGUAACGUUAUGGUUAGAGGCAGAACGUUUGGAAACACAAAGUUCUGCCAAAAAGAGAAUUAUAAAAAAAGCACUUGAACAUAAUCCCACUUCUGUCGGUCUAUGGAAAGAAGCAGUGAAUCUGGAAGAAGAAGUAACAGAUGCAAGAAUUUUACUCGCUCGUGCUGUUGAAUUGAUUCCAAUGUCUAUUGAUCUUUGGCUCGCACUUGCCAGAUUGGAAACAUACAAGAAUGCACAAAAGGUUUUGAACAAAGCAAGGCAAACAAUUCGUACUUCACAUGAAGUAUGGAUAGCAGCUGCGCGUUUGGAAGAACAACAAGGAAAUGUUUCAAGAGUUGAAAAAAUAAUGGCUCGCGGUAUUGCCGAACUGCAGGAAACAGGAGGCAUGUUGCAACGAGAUCAGUGGCUACAUGAAGCUGAAAAAUGUGAAAAAGAAGGAGCAGUUCUUACGGCUCAGUCCAUCAUUAAUACUUGUUUAUCUAUAGGAUUAGAUGAAGAGGAUCAAUUGGACACUUGGAUGGAUGAUGCCCAGUCAUUCCUAAUCUCAAAAUGUCUUGAUUGUGCGAGAGCAGUCUUUGCUUACACACUCCGUGUAUAUCCUUCAAAUGAAAACAUCUGGCUUCGUGCUGUUGAAACUGAAAAGGUUUAUGGCUCUACUGAUACGGUAAGCUCAAUAUUAGAAAAGGCUAUCGAGGCAUGUCCCAAGACCGAACUUAUUUGGCUUGUCUAUGCCAAAGAAAGAAAAAACAUUGGUGAUGUCAAUGGAGCUAGAAAUAUUUUGGGAAGAGCUUUUGACUUUAAUUCCAACAGCGAAGAAAUUUGGCUCGCUGCCGUUAAACUCGAAUUUGUAAAUAACGAAGAUGAAAGGGCUGAAAAACUACUGGCACGUGCUCGUAUAGAAUCAGGUUCAGAAAGAAUUUGGACAAAAUCUAUUUCAUUGGAAAGAGUCUUAGGAAAAUUGGAUGAAGCAUUGGCAUUGUUGGAAGAUGCUUUGAAGAUAUUCCCUACUUAUGAUAAGUUUUGGAUGAUGAAAGGGCAGAUCUUGGAAGAUUCUGGCGAUACUGUGAAAGCACGGGAUGCAUUUAUUACAGGUACAAAACAUUGUCCUCAUUCCGUUGCUUUAUGGAUUCUUCUUGCUAGGUUAGAAGAAAAAGAAAAUAUCGUACGGGCAAGAGUUGUUCUUGAUCGAGCCAAAGUUCGUAAUCCUAAGAAUGAACUUUUAUGGCUUGAAGUGCUAAAAAUGGAAAAUCGUAUAGGAAAUACUUCCCAAGUGAAAGCAGCAUUGGCCAAGGCUUUACAGGAGUGUCCGUCAUCUGGAUUGUUAUGGUCGGAAGCGAUUUGGUUGGAACCUAGAGCUCAAAGAAAAACAAGAGCCACUGAUGCUUUACGGAAGUGUGAAGGUAAUUCUUACCUUUUAUGCACAAUUGCGAGGAUGCUACAUUCCGAAUCAAAACCAGAUAAAUCGCGCGAGUGGUUUUUGAAAGCUAUUAGGGCGGAUCAGGAUAAUGGCGAUGUCUGGGUUUGGUUUUAUAAGUUUAGUCUCGAAGUAGGAACACAAGAACAACAACAAGAGGUUGUUCAUAAUUGUGAAACUGCUGAUCCUCGUCAUGGGUAUAUUUGGCCUACCAUAACUAAGGAUGUAAAAAAUGCCAGAAAAAAUAUACCUGAACUGUUAAAAGAGGCAAUAGAAAAACUUUAAUAAUAUAGUAUGUAUAAUAAUUUCAUUAGGUUAUGACAAUUGAAGAAUAUAGAGAAUGAUAAAUGGAUAAAGGAGUUUUUGAAUUGAAGUUCUUAACAC